AUGAUGAAGUUCUACGUUCACUUUGAAGGCCAGCCCGAGUACACAUGUAUCGUUCAACCUCUGUCGCAGCAGCAACAGUUGCAGUCCAUCCUAGACUUGAAGUUGGAUGUCAAGGGAAAGAAGUUGGUUGACUCUACUCAUUUGCUCAAGGCCAUCAAGAACAUGGAUGAUGUAUACGUUGUGAAGAAUAACAACACUCCAACACCUGACCCUGUUGCUGAUGUUGCAACAUCAUCAAAGUCAUCAGAGGUUGUUGCUCCUGCUCCUGCUGCUACUGCUGCAAGCACAUCAUCAUCAAUCUCAUCACAGUCAACAUCAAAAACUGAGACGACGUCGACGAUAUCAUCUGCGUCAUCUGCAUCGUCCCCUUCCCAAUCUCAAUCCCCAUCGACUUUGACAUCAUCAUCGUCGUCAACAUCAUCGCCGGCAGCGAGCACACCCGACAAGAAGGUGCCUGUAUCGAUAUCAACAGGCUGUGAUCCAAAGUAUCAGGCAUUUGUGUUGAACCUGCUCGAGCAGGGCAACCAGCUGUACGACAAACAGUUGUACAGGGGCGCAGUGCAAUACUAUGAGAACGUGCUGCAAGUCCAUCCAACCGAGAAGACAACACUGGUGCGAAUGGCCACCAUUUAUCACAAGGCCGAGAAAUGCGACAAGGCACUUAAGUUCAUUGAGUCUGCCAUUAAGCAUCAUUCAAAGGACAAGGAUCACAUGCUCAACGUGCUGUACGGCAACAUCCUUACCGGUGUGAAGGAGUUUGAGGAUGCCGCUGCGCAGUUCAAGCUCGCCGCCAAUAUCAUGGGCAAGAAGCACAAGGACUAUUUGACGACGCGCGCACUCAUGGCCAAGGCGAUGUACGACACGAGGAUACAGUCCAACCAGCAGGAGGCAUGCGAGGUGCUCAACGAGGUCAAGAACACCGACGAGGGCAACUUGCAGGGCCUCAUUGGUUUCGCCUACGUUCUGAUCGAUAACAAGCGACACAAUGAUGCAUUGUUGGUGCUGAUGCAGUUGUUGUCGCGCAUGGGCAACUCGGGCGAUCGCAACCCAGUAGCCAACUACACCAAGGAGGCGCUGGCCGACUAUGCCCGUGAGUUUGGAGCACAGCAGAUACUCGUGCAGCUGAAGGACACGCUCAACACUGCGCCCGUGCUCGCAUUCAUGUCAUCCGUGGUCAAGGAGUACGGCGCCAUCGAGGCCUCGGUCGACUUUAUGAAGCAAGCGCUGCAAAUGGACCCGACCAACGCCAACUACGCACACAACGUGCUACAUGGACUCGAGGUGUGCAACAAGUACACCGAAGCCAUCAAUGUAUUCAUGAAGUUCUUGCAGACGAACAAGACACGCGGUCUCUCCAACUACAAGCUCACGAAUGGCAGCAUCCUGGCCAUACUGCACAAGCAGCAACACAUUGACUAUCUCAACAACCCUUUGUUGUCACUCAGCUACAAGCGAAAGAUGCCAGACACUGGCCCCAUCCCAGUGCCCAAGAACCUGUUGGACGUGGCACCAGACGAUCAGCCCACGGACGCACCCUACACCAAGGACGACCUGGACCUCAUGUCACUCUGGUUCACCAUCGUCAAGAUACUCUAUGUGCUGGGCAUUCUGGAGCCGCUGCCCGCGCUGAUCUCGGCGCUGGAGCCACUGCGCAAGGACAGGAACCUGCAUCUCACCGUCACGAGGAACGAGCAGGCCUACUUCAUGUGCAUCUCGCAGCUGAUGACAUUCAGGGAGCUGCCCAUCCCCAACUACCCACCCAUUUACAUCGCUGGAGACAGUCACUCGACUGUUCCCGCGUGGACCACUUGCACAAUCGAUGGCAAGCCACGUCUAUUCCAUCCACUCCUGACGACAGGAUUGAAGAUGUGGCAUCUUCGACCGAGCAGCAAGUUCUUCCCCAAGUUCAAUUUCUAUGCCGUCACCUGUACCGCUCCCAAAGGUUCCGAGAUCGUCUUCCAAUUCGGUGAGAUUGAUUGUCGCGAAGGUAUCCUAGUGUCUGUUGAUAAAUGUCGAUACAAUACUAUCGAGGAAGGUAUCGAAGUUACAAUUGAUAUAUAUAUUGCGGCACUGAAGGUAUUGAUACAGAAGUAUAAUUACAAGGCGUAUAUUCACCCUGUGGUACCAGUGUUGGACCAGACGAGGACAAUGGUCAAGGCAUUCAACAAGAUAUUCAAGGAGAAGGUGAUGAAGGUUAAGGAGUUGGUAUGGUUGGACUUCUUUGAUGAGUUGUUAGACUCCACUGGCAAUGGUUUCAAUCAAGAAUAUGCCAUGGAUGGUACACACAUGAAUCCAUCCUAUGUGCGACUAGUUGAGCGAACGAUCAAUGAUCACUACAGGUCAAAACAAUCAAAUAAGUAA